AUGAAGAGAGGAUCAACUUCAGCGAGAGGAUACCUCCCAGAAAAGCCGUACAACAUUUUGCAUGAUCCCAGAAGAGAUAAGGGUGUUAACUCACGUCUCAAAUCGGCUCAUGUUACAAAAGAAGAUGUUAACGAUCUCAAAAUUGAGAAGCAACGCUUGAUUGAUGAGAGAACGCAGCUUAAAGCAAAAAUCGUUAGACUCGAAACCCAAAGCAAGCGCUCAACUCGCACUGGAACUUCUAAUCAAAAUUUACUUACACAAUUAGAUCGCGAAUAUAAAUCUGUUGAGCACUUAAUCAAGCAACAAAAUGCUCAAAUUAAUGAAUUACUUCGUAGCGAUAAUGCUGCAGAAAGGCAAGAACUCCAAGAAGAAGCAAAAAUUAUUUAUCAAGAGAGACUUCGUCUUCAUGAUCUCCAAUGCCAGCAACAACUUGACCUAAAUCAAGCCAAGCGUGAAUUAGAUGAACUUUUAUCCACAAAUGGCCCUGCUGUUUAUGAGAAACAAGCCAAUAAGAUUCAAAUGUUAGAAGAGAAGCUUAAGAAAUACGAAAAUGCAAAUGCAAAACUUGCAGCAAAGAUCAAGAAACUCAAACAAGAAAAGAAAAUACAAGAAGAAACUCAGAGCGGACAAGUUGGUAUGCGCGCUGAGCAAUUACGUGCUCAAAUCAAGGAAGUUGAGCAGAAGACGGAUGAAAUCGAACAAAAGAUUCGUGAUUCCAAAGAAAAGCAUGAAAAGAUCAUGAAAGAAAUAAGGCAAUCAAUUAUUGACCAAAACUCCAAAGAUAACUAA